CUAUGUUGAUUAUUAAGUCACGCUGUGUCAAUUUGAGUGAAUAUAUGACAUUUCACACGAAAACCAGUGGUAUUGACGGAAAACAGCCUGUGUGCCGACUAGGUAUUCGCAGGUGGAAACGGUUUUCUUUCAACUAGCUACUUACUAACGACAACCCCCAUAAAUUCUUCCACCGUCACUACAGCAUUAACCAUGUCGCCAUGGAACUAGCCACUAGACUUCUUGAACUCGCCAAUCCGCUUCACGCUGCAGGCAGCGUGAUAGGCUCAAAGCUUCUGAGCCCUGUCAAAUUCGAGCCAGGGGGGCUCUACAUUCUUUUAUCGGAUAUCGGCGAUACGGUUCAGUUUCACUGGGGCUUGUACUUAGCUACCACUGCUCAUGCCGGUCACAUCUUCCAUCUUAUUCACGGGCCCCAGACGGGCUACAGGUGGAUGUAUCAGGCCAAAAAGACUCGUGAGAAUGCCAUUCCUUACUCGGUGAAUUUACUCUUCGGGUUGAAGAUCGAUGUCAUCCAGGACUGCCUUCACGUGCCACUAGCGAAUCGUUUAGCGCAAAUUCAUGAAAGCGAAACUCUGUCAUCUCUCCCUGUUGAAAAGAUUAAUUGCCAAAUGUGGAUUAGAGAGGCCCUGUAUGCCCUUGACGAGGAGGGUUACAUCAAGCUCGGUGGAAAUAUGGAUGACCUUGAAACCGAUGCGUGGAUGGCAGCUGCUCAGAACAAGUUGUGCAAACGGCGAACUGUUAUCAAUAGCAUCCACAGUAUUUGAAUGUACAGGAGGAAAUGUGAUGAUUGAAGAUAUCAAUUGAUAUUUGGUAACAAAGAACUAUUCUUCUGUGUAAGAAUUCAUGGCUGUGCAGGCUGCAGGAAUGUGUCAACGGAGCGCGGACAUAUCACAGAUCCAGGCAAUGGCGAUGCAUGUAAAACUUGAAAUGAUAAAGAUACCCUCAGUCCAAAUCCAAUAUCGAUAUUUAAUACCAUCAUGCAGAAAUAAGAUUAACUGAAGCUUAAGCA